UUACCUUUAACCAUUGCCGAUAUGUCGCAUCCAAAGCCAUUGCCAAUUAUCGGCACAAAGUUAGAUCUUAUACUUGGAGGCAGUGGAAAAAAAUUGCACGAGUUCAUUGAUAAUCGCCACAAACAAUUAGGCCCCAUAUAUGCAGAACGCCUUGUCGGUAGCGCAGAACUCGUUUUUAUAAGUGAUCCCGUGUUGAUAAAAUCGCUUUUUAUGAACCUCGAAGGUAAAUAUCCGAUUCAUUUAUUACCUGAACCGUGGACAGUUUAUGAGAAAAUUCAUGGAUCGCACAGGGGUCUAUUCUUUAUGAAUGGCGAAGAAUGGUUAUUAAGUCGGCGAAUUGUGAAUAAACAUUUAUUAAGAGAGAAUACUGACGACUGGAUUAGACCUCCAAUUCGAAACACUGUAGAAGGGUUUGUAAAAACAAUUAGAAACAGGAUAUUAAGCAACGGUUAUCUCUUUAAGGAUAUGGAAACUGAAUUAUAUCAUCUUUCUACAAAUGUUAUUAUUAGUGUAUUAUUGGGUACUAACAGUCUUUCACGUAGUCGACAAUACGAAGAACUAUUAUCAUUAUUUGCGACUUCCGUAAAAAAAAUUUUUGAAACGACAACAAGACUGUAUGCAUGGCCAGUUGAGUGGUGUCAUCGUUUUAAUUUAAAAGCUUGGAGAGAUUUUAAGGAAUCUGUUGAGUUAUCUCUGUAUUUAGCAAAGAAAAUGGCCAAUGAAAUGAUAAGACAUAGCAACCAAAGUAAUGGACUAGUUAAUCGAUUGAUUCAAGAUGGCAUGAAAGAGGAAAUUAUAACUAGAAUAAUUGCUGACUUUAUUAUAGCAGCUGGUGAUACCACAGCAUAUACAACUUUAUGGAUUCUUUGGCUGUUAUCUAAAAACGAUGAAGUUGUACAGAAUAUUCGUUCAAAGGAUGAUACAUAUGUUAAGUGUGUUGUUAAAGAGGCGAUGAGGAUGUACCCUGUUGCUCCAUUUUUAACAAGAAUUUUAACACAAGACACAGUUUUAGGAAAAUAUGAACUCAAUAAAGGGACACCUAUCAUAGCUUCAAUUUAUACUUCGGGGCGGAAUGACGAUAAUUUUUCUGAACCAAAUUUAUUUUUACCAUAUCGUUGGGAUAAAAAUGACCAACGGGCGGCAAGUUUAAUCAAUCAUAACCCUUCAGCAUCUCUACCUUUUGCUAUGGGAGCACGCUCUUGUAUAGGAAAAAAGAUGGCUAUGAUACAAUUAACAGAAAUAGUUAAUCAGAUUGUGAAAAACUUUAAUUUUGAAUGUGUGAAUAAGAAUAAGAUAAAUUGUAUCACUUCACAAGUGUUAGUACCAGAUAAACCUAUAGAACUGUUUUUUACUAUGAAGGUUGAUCAAAACUAAAAUAAAAACAAAUAAAGGAAAAAAGAUUAAUAUAAAAGAUUUGUAUGUUGUAUUUCAUCUUUAUUUCAUUAUGAUUUAUUGAAUACAGAGAUAAUACAGUAA